UUGAACACACACACACACCAAAAAAAGAUUCUUCCCCCCGCAAUUUAUUAUUAUUAAAAAAAAAACGAAACGAUGGAUGACGAUACCCUUCUUGAAGAGCGCAUUAACGCCAACGUUCUUCAAUACCCCAAACACCUGCUUUCGUUGGUAGCGCUGAUCACCAGUCUUCAGCCGGUCUACUUCUCCCACGCGAUCAACGGGGUGGAGUGGGGCCAAUCCAUCAACGCCCUGUUUUACGUCUUAGUGACCCUCUUCACAACCUACACGCUCACGCAGGUGUAUAUUGUGAUGGUCGAUAGCGAGUUUUGGUCCCGUCAGCGCCACUUUACGGAGGGGACCGAGAAAGACGAAAAGCUGCUUCGCCGCCUGCGUUUACAGGUCGCCGUCGGGUAUACGUUGUUUUUUGUAAAUGGGGUCUUUUUCCUCAUGUGUACAUGCCUAAUGACGUACAUAUUUCGCCAUACGGACCCACUCACCGCCUACGUGCUUUCACCUUCAUUAACCUCUGCACUUCUUUUGUAUAUUGCUCAUAAGAAUAAGGAAAUUUGCCAACGUCGCCUGCGCCGGCAUAAGUGAAGAUAGGAAAAUUUUUUAAAAAAUGCAAAGAUGAUCAGGCAUUCUACAAUUGGUUAUAGAUGGGACAUUUUCGCGUGCCGAAGCUUUUUUCCCUUUGUUUAUUAGAUGUAAAGGUGGAAGGCAAAAUAUAUCAUGGGGAAAAAAUGCUUGAAGGAAAUCUACAGCCGUGAUUAAUUAUAUUAACGUUAACAUUCACUAAUUCAGUAGUGAAAAGUGAACUCUGAGUUGCACACGUGAAGUAUAUUCCUCUUCCGAUCUGUAUGUUGAUCAUGUCUCUAUGUUUUUCGAUCUAUGCAUGUAUGAAAAUCCGUACCUUACCAGAUGGUUUACUACAGUUAAAUAUUUAUGAUAUAUCGCUGUUAAGUGCCCUUCCUUUUCAAGUAAAAGAACAUAAUCCAUCGUGUCCGAGGUCCAAAGGAUAGAGACAAAUACACAAAGAAAGGCAGGUGAGUGCAAAUUCCAUAAAUAACUUUCUGUGGAGCUUUGACUUUGCAAGCAAAAAAAAAAGUACUUCCCGUAAAAUUGAACCAUGCAUGGGAGUAACCUAAUUUUUAAUGUGCUCUUAUAAUUUUUGAGAAU